AUGAAGAAAUCGAUCACUGCCGCCGCUACCAUUGCACUCGCUGCACUGGCAGCUGCGCCAAUUGCAGCCCAAGACGCGAGUCCACCAAGUUGCACUGCUGCAUCUCUCACGGCGGCGAGGACCGCGUGCGACUCGCUCGCAGACAUCUCGCAGCUCAAGUGCAACGACGGCGCGUGUCACGAUGCGCUGCACCUGCUGACCGAAGACGAGACACGUCGGUGCUACACCACUCUCGGCCUCGGCCCCGUGACGGAUCUCGACCCGUACGUCCUGCUCGACGACUUUUGCCACGGCGACGGGGUUGACCCGGCUGACCUGACUGCUCAAGUCGGUGGCACGAACGGCACCAACGCAACUUUUGUUGGUGCGAAUGGCACUCUGGCAGACGACCACAACCACGACCACGACCACGACCAUACUGGACCUGCUGCGUCUGGACCGACGAGUGCAUCUUCGAGUGCUGCUGGAUCAACUACCGCUCGCUUCCUCAUUGUGUUGCAGUUGGUCGUGGCUUUGACUGCUGCUUUGACAGCGUUUUAG